CGCGUUUCUCGGAAUUUGUUGAGACAAGUUCCACCUCCGAAGUGCGAAGUCACUGUGAAGUGCGAGUUGGAGAAUAACAACACGUUUUUCAGCCGCCUGCGUCUCCUACAGAACUAUGGAAGUAUGUUGAAGUGAAUGCCCGACCUACUUCUCAGUCAGACCAGCUGAAAACACGCCUCAGACCUGGAAAUGGAUUUCCAAAAGCUUCUGUUAGACAUCGGCAAGGCCCUCAAAAGAGACGAGGUCAAAGCUUCAGCCUUCCUUUGCAUUGACCUCCUGAGCCGAAACCCAAACUCGGUGGAGUCAGCCAGCGACCUCUUCUCUCGCCUGGUGGAUCAGGACCACCUCUCACCUGAGAAACCACACCUGCUGAAGGAGCUUCUUCUCACCCUCCAGCGAACUCGUCUGCUCCGCGACCUCGGCCUCGAUACCCUACCUACCAGGAGCCUCAUCUCUCCCUACAGGAAGCUGCUUUACAACCUGUCAGAGGAGAUCACCAAUGAUGAGUUGAGAGAAGUGAAGUUCUUGUUAAACAAACAGCUUCCACGUAGAAAACUAGAGGACAAUGUCACUACACUGGAAGUCUUCCUGGAGAUGGAGCACUUGGACCUCAUUAGUGACACUAAUCUAAACACACUGGAGACCAUAUUUCAGUCAGUGUGUCCAAUGCUGAAUGGAAAGAUCAGCGAGUUUAAGGCACAGCAGGUAUCAAACACCAACCUUAUAGCUCAAGAAAUAAGCCGACCGAGGUCUUCAUCUUUUCCCUCUUUACCAAAACAGGGUUCCCAAUCUCUGCCAAGGACUGGCUCGUGCGAAGUACAAGCAUUUCCACCAUUGUCUCUGUCUUCCGUGAAUUCCUCCAACACCUCUGUUGAUUUACCUCAUGGUGCGGAGGAACGUGACACCGUGGAAUUUAAACUGAGGAUUUUAAGCAUCGAAACAGGCAGCGGUGCCUCAUCGCAAGUGAAAAACCAUACUUUGGAAUACUCGUCAUCUCCAGAAAAGACCACCUCCUCUGGAAAGCCGACACCUCAGACUGCAAACACACAAACUGAGGGUUUGGAAACAUAUCCCAUGAUUAGUGCAAAGAGAGGUAUCUGCUUGAUAAUUAACAACUACGACUUCACUAAGUCUAGAGGGGUUUUAAAGAACCGGAAGGGAACCAUGGUCGAUGAAAAGUGUCUGCAAGAGGUGUUUGAGUGGCUGGGCUUUGACGUCGAGACACACAGGGACCGUGGCGGGAUGGAGAUUCUGUCUCUGCUAUCUGAUCUCAGCAGGAGAGACCACAGUCAGAUGGACUGUCUGGUCUGCUGCGUUCUCAGCCACGGCAAGGAAGGAGGCGUGUUCGGUGUGGAUGGGCACGUCGUCACGCUCGACGAGCUGACUAGCCCUUUCAAUGGAUCAAACUGCCCCUCUUUAGUAGAAAAGCCCAAGCUGUUUUUCAUCCAGGCCUGCCAGGGCAACAGCAGGCAGGGAGCUGUCUUCAUCGAGUCUGACAGCCGGGCAGACGGUCUUAUUCAUAGUGAUGCUAUAAGCAUGAGAGAGUCCAUCCCCACCGGUGCAGACGUCCUGCUGGGAAUGGCUACUGUUCCUUUCUUUGUCUCCUACAGAGAGCCAAAAACUGGGACCUGGUUCAUCAAGUCCCUGUGCCAAAACCUUGUUCAGAUGGUGCCCAGGGAGUACGACCUCGUGUCCAUCAUGACAAAGGUGAAUGCAGACGUUAGUCAGAAGGCCGAUGUUUUGGAUGGUACAGUGAUAAAGCAGAUGCCACAACCAGCCUUCUCACUCAGGAAGAAAGUUGUCUUUCCCGUCCCCAAAACCUCUCCUCCGAUUCUUUGAACCUGAUGACAACAGUCUGCUGUCUGUUUGAUAGACUCUCACAACCAAGAAAUCCCUGAGAAAUAAGUGUGAUUCUUUGAAAUUACAUUUUUUAUUUCUGCUGGGCUUCUUUGUGCUGCCAGUGCCCUUUGUUGUUAAAGAUAAUGAGACACAGUUAACAGCUUAGAAAAUCUUGUGAGCAGUAAAGAUUUGACCCAAUAUUUUUUACAUUCUGAAGCGAUGGUUGUAGCUGGUCUCAGGGACACAAGUACAACCCAGCUACCCUCUUCACUUGAAAACAUUGCCAAACUAAGCACUUUGAUGUGAUUUUUAAUAUUUGUAGAAACAAAAUAUAUGAACUGAUUCUGUACUGUACUUCUAUCCAGGAGUAAAUAUGCAACACUUAAGCUUGUUGCUCCUGCUGUCAGCAUACACACAGCUGUCACACACCAAAAAUCAGUUUAAAUGCAACACGUUUCUACAAACUAAAUAUAUUUUCUAUGCACUCACAUACUGUAUUUUGUAAUAUGGAUGUCUGUUAUUUGUGUUUCGUUUUAUACAUGCUUUGGGAAAAAAAAGCAUCUGAAAAGAUUCUUUUGCAGUCUGCUACAUUCAUAGCUGAAGUUUUUAAUAUUACUGUUCUAGCUGGAACCCAGAUUCGACUGAAUAGUGCCGAGGCAAUUAGUCGCUGUGUUUAGCUUGUGAAAUGUUAUACACCCUGCUUUUCUUUGUUUGAUUUUAAUGUCAGUCCAUACCUCGGUGAGAUAAAACGUGCUAUUUGAAAGGGUCACCGAGGGCUUCUUUCACUGUUUUCUGACAUUUUAUGGAACAACAAACAAAGAAAACACAACUGAUUUUAGUUGCAACCUUAUUGUGAAAUCAUCGAGCUGCAUCACUACUGCUGUUAUUUAGAAAUCAGAAGUAUUACCAAGUCAAACCAAUGCUCAUUCCGACCCUUCUUUUCUCCCACCUGGGCCACCACAACUCAUUCUUUACCUGCCUCAAUAAUGCAGUAAUUACCCAUUUGAGGCAAAACACAACAAGGCUACUCACAAUCGCUCGAUACAGAGAGCACACAACUUCCCUCCUGGCUGAAUUACCCAUGUGUUAGAGAAUUUAAGAUUGUAUUGAUUACUUUUUAUUCUCUACAUGAUACAGUUCCACCCUACAUCUGAACUUUUAGCCCCUUAUUCUGCACCCUGACCCCUCAGAUCAGAAAAUCUAUUGCUGAUAUUAAAAAAAAUUCCACAGUCCAGGCUUAAAACAAGGACAGGCUGUGGGUCAUUUAGUUGUUUUAGCUCCAACAACGUGGAACAAGCUCCCUCUUACUGCCUAGAAUAGCCGAGUCAGUGCCUCAGUUUACAAAGCAGACUGCCGUUAUUAUAUUUGACAAAUUCUUUUCAGAAGUUUAAUUGGUGACUUUUUAAAAAAUGUUUUCUUGAUAUUUGUAAUAUUUGAUUAUUGCUUUCAUGUUUUAUUGGUGCACUUGUUUUUUUUUUUGUUUUGUUUUUUUUUUAAAAGCCCCAAGCAAGUAUGAAAUUGUAAACUCAAAAUGAAUGAGUGUUUUGGUAUUCAUCAUGUUUAGCAUAAUUAAGUUUACAGAGCUAUAAUGUGCAGUUGUCACUUGAGAAAUAAGCGGCUAAAGUAAGGGCGCAAGGGGUAAAAAAAUAAAAUAAAAGUGAACUCGCACAAUGAA